AUGGAGCAGGAUGUCCAGGUGGCCUCCCCGCUGUUCUUACCCAUCACAGAGCCAGAAAGGGAGGAGCUCGGGCCCCUUGAAGGCAGCGUGGAGUGCAUGGGGGAGUCGGUGGACCCCUGGGGGUCUCUCAGCCUUGCCUUGUCUCUCCCAGCUUAUGUCCCCGAGGAGGAGCUGAAGGCGGCUGAGAUCGAUGAGGGAGCCCCGGAGGAGGACGGCCAGCCCCUGGACGUGCAGGAGAGCGAGUUCGCAUGCAAUGAGGACGGCGACGUCAAGGAGUCCCAGAGCUUCCAGAACUCCCCGGUCAGCACGGCCACCAACCAGGACGCGGGCUAUGGGUCGCCGUUCAGCGAGGGCAGUGACCAGGCCCCCCACUUCAAACUGCCCUCCUCCCGCGAGGAGAAGGAGGAUGCUCCGGGCCCCGAGUCCGUCUCCUACCCCCAGGACAGCCUGGCGCAGAUCAAAGCCGUCUACGCCAACCUCUUCUCUGAGUCCUGCUGGUCCAGCCUGGCCCUGGACCUGAAGAAGCCCAGCCUGCCCACCAGCACCAGCGAUGCCAGCCAGAAGGACAGCGCCCCGCCGGCCGCCACCCCACCGGCCGCCAGCACUGGCGCGCACUCGGCCACCACGAGCACCAGCACCAGCGCCAGCACGGGCACCGGCCAUGGCGGCUCCGGCUACGACUGGCACCAGGCGGCGCUGGCCAAGACGCUGCAGCAGACGUCGUCAUUCGGGCUGCUGCCCGAGCCCAGCCUCUUCAGCACCGUGCAACUGUACCGGCAGAACAACAAGUUGUACGGCUCCGUGUUCACUGGCGCCAGCAAGUUCCGCUGCAGGGACUGCAGCGCCGCCUAUGACACGCUGGUGGAGCUGACGGUGCACAUGAACGAGACGGGCCACUACCGCGACGACAACCGCGACAAGGACGCCGAGAAGGCCAAGCGCUGGUCCAAGCCCAGGAAGCGGUCGCUGAUGGAGAUGGAGGGCAAGGAGGAUGCCCAGAAGGUGCUCAAGUGCAUGUACUGCGGCCACUCCUUCGAGUCCCUGCAGGACCUCAGUGUCCACAUGAUCAAAACCAAGCAUUACCAGAAAGUGCCUCUCAAGGAGCCGGUGCCCGCCAUCACCAAGCUCGUGCCCUCCACCAAGAAGCGCGCCCUGCAGGAGCUCACCUCGCCCUGCUCGCCUGAGCCCACGGCGGCCGCCGAUGGCCCGCUGGCCGAGGCCGGGAAGGACCAGAAGGCGGCCAACCCCUACGUGACCCCCAACAACCGCUACGGCUACCAGAAUGGGGCGAGCUACACCUGGCAGUUCGAGGCCCGCAAGGCGCAGAUCCUGAAGUGCAUGGAGUGUGGGAGCUCCCACGACACCCUGCAGCAGCUCACGGCCCACAUGAUGGUCACUGGCCACUUCCUGAAGGUCACCACGUCCGCCUCCAAGAAGGGCAAGCAGCUGGUGCUGGACCCGGUGGUGGAGGACAAGAUCCAGUCCAUCCCACUGCCCCCCACCACGCACACCCGGCCGCCUGCUGGCGUCAAGAAGCAACCCGACUCGCCGGCCGGCUCCUCCACGGCUGAGGACAAGAAAGAGCCAGACAAGGACGGGGACAAGACGGCGCCCGCGGUGGCCAGUGAGGCGGACAAGAAGAUCAAGGAGGAGAGCGAGGACAGUGCCGCCAAGCUGGAGCCCACCGCGCUGUACCAGUACCUGCGCGAGGAGGACCUGGACGACAGCCCCCGGGGCGGCGUGGACAUCCUCAAGUCGCUGGAGAACACGGUGAGCACGGCCAUCAGCAAGGCCCAGAACGGCGCGCCCUCGUGGGGUGGCUACCCUAGCAUCCACGCGGCCUACCAGCUGCCGGGCGCCACCAAGCCGCCGCCGAGCGUGCAGGUGCCAGCGGCCUAUGGCCCGGCCAAGGCGCUGGCUGAGCACAGUGCACUCCUGCCCUCGCCGGGCAGCCUCACGCCCCCGCCACACCGCAGCAACGUGUCGGCCAUGGAGGAGCUAGUGGAGAAGGUGACGGGCAGGGCGUGCGUCAAGGAGGAGCGGCCAGCCCCCGAGAAGGAGAAGGGCUCCCCAGACAAGCCCUUGUCCCCGGUGGCGAAAGAGAACAAAGAUCUCCCCAGAGCUGAGGACGUGGGCAGCAAGCCAACCCCCAGAAAGCGCCCAGACACGGAAGCAGGGAAGGCCAGGAAGGGGGCCCCCGGUGACGUACACCCCCCGAACGGCACCGAGCCCCUGAAAGCCAAAGUGGCCAACGGCUGCAGUGCCCUGGGCAUCAUCACCGAGCACUCGCCCGAGCCACCCUUCAUCAACCCGCUGAGUGCGCUGCAGUCCAUCAUGAACGCCCACCUGGGCAAGGUGUCCAAGCCCGCCAGCCCCUCGCUGGACCCACUAGCCAUGCUGUACAAGAUCAGCAACAGCGUGCUAGACAGGCCUGCCCAGCCCGGUGCCCCCGGCAAGCAGGCCGAUGCCAUCGACCGCUACUACUACGAGAGCAGUGACCAGCCCAUCGACCUGACCAAGUCCAAGAGCAAGCCCCUGGUGGCCGGGGUGGCUGAGGCCGUGGCGUCACCGCUGCGGGAGAGCGCGCUCAUGGACAUCUCGGAUAUGGUGAAGAACCUCACGGGCCGCCUGACGCCCAAGUCGUCCACGCCCUCCACCGUGUCUGAGAAGUCGGACGCCGACGGCAGCAGCUUUGAGGAGGCCCUGGACGAGCUGUCCCCCGUGCACAAGCGCAAGGGACGUCAGUCCAAUUGGAACCCCCAGCACCUGCUCAUCCUGCAGGCCCAGUUUGCGUCCAGUCUCCGGGAGACGCCCGAGGGCAAGUACAUCAUGUCCGACCUUGGUCCCCAGGAGCGGGUGCACAUCUCCAAAUUCACAGGCCUGUCCAUGACCACCAUCAGUCACUGGCUGGCCAAUGUCAAAUACCAGCUGCGCAGGACAGGAGGGACCAAGUUCCUCAAGAACCUCGACACGGGGCACCCCGUGUUCUUUUGCAACGAUUGUGCCUCUCAGUUCAGGACCGCGCCCACCUACGUCAGCCACCUGGAGACGCACCUGGGCUUCAGCUUGAAGGACCUGUCCAAGCUGCCGCUCAGUCAGGUGCAGGAGCAGAACCCCACCAAGGUGCUCGCAGGCAAGCCGCUGGGUGCCCUGGGGGCGGCGGAGGAGGACCUGGGCUCCACAUUCCAGUGCAGGCUCUGUAGCCGGACCUUUGCCAGCAAGCACGCGGUCAAACUGCACCUUAGCAAGACGCAUGGCAAGUCCCCGGAGGACCACCUCAUCUACGUCACAGAGCUGGAGAAACAAUAG